UUCCAGUUUUGCACCAUCAACUGAACCCCAAAUAUGUCUUCUAAAUACUUGUUAGUCUUGUUUCUUCUCGGAGCAUUAGUGCUUCUCUCCACAACCCCCUCAUAUUCUGAUCCCCAUCAAGCCCCUAAAAAUGAAGGAGAGAAACCACCUCCAAAACAUAAACCACCACAUGGUCAUCUUCUAGCUGAAAGUGUAGAAGAAUUUCAUGAACAUGCAAAAGGUAAAAGAGACAAGCCACCACCUAAACACAAACCACCACAUGGACAUCUUUUAGCUGAGGAAGUAGAUGAUUCUUUUAAACCGCCUAUGGGUAAGGGAGAAAAAUUUCCACCGGAACACAAACCACGUAAUCCUCCAUCAGAGCAUAAGCCACCGCACAAGCCUCCACAUGCGCAAAAGCCACUAAAUAGACGUCUUUUACAAGUAGAUAUUGAGGAUGCACAUAAAGAAAAGGGAGAGAAGCCACCACAUGGACAUCUUUUGGCCGAGGAAGUUAUGGAGGACUCGCCUAAGAAAAAGGGAGAGAAGCCACCACCGAAGCACAAGCCACCACAUGGACAUCUUUUGGCCGAGGAAGAGGUCGAGGACUCACACAAAGGGAAGGGAGAGAAGCCACCACCAAAGCACAAGCCACCACAUGGACAUCUUUUGGCCGAGGAAGAAGUUGAGGACUCACACAAGGGAAAGGGAGAGAAGCCACCACCAAAACACAAGCCUCCGCAUGGACAUCUUUUAGCUGAAGAAAAAGUUGAGGACUCACACAAGGGAAAAGGAGAGAAGCCACCACCAAAACACAAGCCCCCGAAUGGACAUCUUUUAGCCGAGGAAGAAGUUGAUGACUCACACAAAGGAAAGGGAGAGAAGCCACCACCAAAGCACAAGCCACCACAUGGACAUCUUUUGGCCGAGGAAGAGGUCGAGGACUCAUACAAAGGAAAGGGAGAGAAACCACCACCAAAACACAAACCUCCACAUGGACAUCUUUUAGCCGAGGAAGAAGUUGAGGACUCACACAAGGGAAAGGGAGAGAAACCACCACCAAAACACAAGCCCCCACAUGGACAUCUUUUAGCCGAGGAAGAAGUUGAUGACUCGCACAAGGGAAAGGGAGAAAAGCCACCACCAAAACACAAGCCACCUCACGGGCACUUAUUAGUUGAAGAGGUUGAAGACUCACACAAGGGGAAAGGAGAAAAACCACCGCCAAAGCACAAACCACCUCAUGGACACCUUUUAGCUGAAGAGGCCAACGACUCUCACAAAGGAAAGGGAGAGAAGCCACCAUGCAAGUCUCCUCACAAACCCCCAUCAGCCAACUAAGUGCCUUACGCUAAUUUCGCUAGAUGCUUAAAAAUAAGAAACAGAAGUAGUUUACUCUUCUGUUGGUUUCUGUAUCUGCAUUUUUCACUGAAUUAGUAUUUGUACUUUGGCUUGUAUUAUAUGAGUACUACCCUCUAGUUGGCUGUUUUAUGUAGAUUAUGGUUUUAUGUUCUA